AUGGCGACCAGUACUGAGACGACUACCAACCCUACGCCGACAUCCCUCUCUGCUGUCACGCCGUCGCUCCCGUCGCCGUUUGAUUCUCGGUACGAGAUCCGCCGGUUGACGGAGAAGGACAUUCCCAUCGCACAAGCGAUUGUCAUACAUACCAAUGUCUUUCACUCGCCCGUUUGGUCCGUUUGCUAUCCUGACGGCAAAACCCAACGUGCCUACGAAGCCUACAAGAAGGGCGAAUACCUGUUCCGGCACCAGAUCAUGGACGGACAAAGCUUCGCCGUCUUGGACACACAAUACGAGUACCGCACCAAGGAGGCCGAAGCCGCCGGCGGCAAGGUGUUGUGGGACACGUCGAAUCCGGACGCCACGGGCGAGGAGCUGGACGACCUCAUCGACAGCCCCAUCGUCAGCGUGGCGCUGAGCUACGACGCGUCCAACGCGCUCGACAUGCCCCAAUUGAUGCCGCUGCUGGAGGUCCUCCCGCUGUAUGGUGCGAUCUUCCAUCGUCUGGACAUCACAGACCCGCGUGACCCGGCGACCUUUGCUGCUACCGCGCACGGGCAGAUCUUGAAGCGGAACUCCACCAGCACGAGGAAGACGGCAGACGGGAAGGGCAUCACCAAGAAGAUGGCGAACUGGCUCAUCGCCUACGCCAAAGAACGCGGCUACCAAGCCAUCAACAUCGAGUGCUUCCACGAGGCCGUCGAACAUAUAUGGAGGAACCCGACCGUGCCGGGCACGCGGGGCGACCGCAUCUGCGCCUUCCGCACCGAGGACUACACCGAGGUGGAUGAGAAGACGGGGCGGAUCAUCGAGCCGUUUGGCAACGUCCGGCAGAGGCUGAGUCGUGUUUACCUGACGUUGAAUGCCGAGUAG